UGUGGCUGCAGUGCAACGAUGAACGGAGGGGCCGACAGCGGGUCUAGAGGCACCCAUUCGGCCACCUCACUUCAUGCCAGCCUCGGCCAUGGUGCCCAGCUGGGCAGGCCGCAAGGGGCCCCCGCUGCGGCAAUCGACCAGGUUUCCGUUGCCGGUGGGGAGGGCUCCGCCCCCGAGCCUCAUGUGGGCAUCCGUAAUCGCGUCCAGGACAGGGGGCGCGGGCCAGAUAUUACGAUAGCCGUCUUAACAGAACAUCAACCAGGUACCGAAUGGAGCCAGCAAUGCGCCAGCGACCAACCACCAACCUGCCUUGACAGCCGCAAUGAGCAUCGAAUGCUACGCUGGCGCCUGUCUGGCCCGUCUGGAGGGCUGCAGCGCAGGCACUAA